AUGAUCACUUUAAUAACUCAAUUGACAGAUUAUUUUGAAACAUUAAAACAAUCAAAAACAACGGAUCCAAGUGGUAUUAAUUUUUCGUUUGUACUUGAUUUUGAAAAGCAUUAUGAUCGAUCAGAUACAUUAAAUUAUCCAAUUUUAAGAGAUUUAAAAACAUUUAUGAUAGAACAAUGGCAUAAUUCAUUUUUUUAUGCUAUAGUCUAUUUAUUAUUAAUUUAUACUGGUCAAAUUUAUAUGAAAACACGACCACGUUUUGAAUUACGUUCUGCUUUGACCUUCUGGAACAUUUUAUUAGCAUUAUUUUCCAUUUUUGGAGCAAUACGUGUUAUACCAGAAAUAAUUUAUGUGUUGUACAAACAUGGUUUUACCUAUUCAAUAUGCAAUAAUUCAAAUGCUUUUGGUGUUACGGGAUUUUGGACGUGGGCAUUCUGUUUUGCAAAAUUACCUGAGCUAAUAGAUACCGUGUUCAUUGUACUUAGAAAACAACCACUCAUAUUUUUACAUUAUUAUCAUCAUGCAACAGUUCUUAUAUAUUGUUGGUAUUCAUAUCAUGAUUUAACUGCAAGUGGAAGAUGGUUUUGUUCAAUGAAUAGUCUUGUACAUGCUAUAAUGUAUACAUAUUAUGCAUUGAGAGCAUUAAGAUUUAAAAUUCCACGUUAUGUAUCCAUGGUGAUUACAUUAUUACAGUUAUUACAAAUGAUUAUUGGAUGUUAUAUUAAUUUAAAAAUUUGGGAUAUUAAAAAAAAUGGUGAAACAUGUCAAGUUAGCGAUGAUAAUUUAAAAUAUUCCAUGAUUAUGUAUGCCACCUAUUUUUUGUUAUUUGCACACUUUUUUGCUAGUGCCUAUAUUAAACCAUCAUCAUUAACAAUAAGAGGAACACAUUUAGAAAACGAUAAAAUCAAAUCAGAAUAA